UUUAAAAGUGUUCGAGUCGUUUUCGCGCAGACAGGCAGGCAAGAGUGCGUCUUCGGCAGGUGAAAAAAGCCGCCAAUUUCAACUUGAAAAUUCGCGAAAACUGUGUAAAAACGGUAUCAAAUUGUUUUCCUGAUAGUCGAUUCAUUGAAAUUAAGCAAAAAUGUCGGAAGCCACUCCGGACGAUAUGUGGACGCCGUUCAAGCAUCUGUUCAACAGCAUCGAGAGCUUUCUGGUGACACCGGCCGCCGGCCAACAGCAGGAGCAGAACGUGGCCAGCUUGGACGCGCUGCUGCGGAAGCACAAGCAAAACUUUAGCACUUUGUUGCGGAAUCCGCCGAAGAAUGGCAAGAGUCGGGAGGCGAUCCGGCAGGGGAUCACGGAGGGGAUUACGUUGCCGGAGUUUGGCCAUACGAUACUGUCCAAGGACUUGGUGGAUGAGAGCGUGAUUUUGUCGGAUAUGUAUGAUUUGAACGAGUUGAUCGUGCUGGAGUUGUUGUGUACGGCGCAGCAGCAGAUGCCGAACCAUCCGGGGUUGCCGCGGGGAUUGGUGGCGGUGUUGCUGUACUAUGAUGGGCGGAAGUCGCUGGUGGCGUCGUUGAAGGAGCUGUUUCAGGCGCGGGCGGGGGUGAGUUGGUGUACGGACGCGCCGCAGGAGAUUACGCAGCUGAUUACGGCGUACACGGACGGGUUGGUGGCGGAUGGGUUGCUGGACAAGAUUGUGGACUUGUUGGGGGAGCUGGACGUGACGAAGGAGUUGGACGUGCUGACGACGAAUCGGGCGUUGGGGCCGCCGAAGCAUCACCGGCAGGUGUUGGAUUUGUUUGAGGAGAUUCGGGUUUUGUUGGCGACCUGUUUGUUUAACUGGGCGGCUCAGUGUGGACUGCCGAAGGGGACGACGGUGAAGUUGAUUCGGUACUUGGCCAAGUACAAGUCGACGGUGAGUUCGGGGGGGAUUGACAAUGUAACGCUGGCGCUGCAGAUGGCGUUGAUGUACGCGCUGGACAUGAGCGUGAUUCAGCGGCGGGAGGAUGGUGAGGACGUGGUGAAGCGGUUGCCGAUGGUGAGGGAUGGGGAGUUUAUUGAGACGGUCAUGGAGACGCUGUCGGCGAGCUGGGAGUGCGAAGGACUGCGGUCGGUUUCGUUGUUUACUUUUGGGUUGGCGAUUGCGACGCUGAGAUUGGCUCCGCAGAACAUGUACUCGAACACGGCCCGGAUCAUCGACCAGGAUGAACUGCUGGUGGACGCGGCUAUUCAGGGGCGAGUGUUUGACUUUAUCCAUUACACGCUGCUGGAGAACGAAGUGUUGUUCCGGACGGAGUUUUACUACCGUCGCAUGCACGUCCUCUUCACGGAUUUCAUCGAGUUGAUGCACUCCAAGGUGACCGAGCUGCGUGCGCGGGCAGAUGAAACUGCACGAACCGUGCAAGCCUUCCAGCAGCAGGGCCUGGAUCCACCGGCGAAUCUCUGCCGGAACUUUGAAGCGUUGCUUCUGUCCGUUGGGAAGCUCUACGCCAACGAUCCGAUGCACCUCUCGCUGUCCCUCGAGUACUGGGGACCGAUGGAAGUGGCCGCCAACUAUCAGCGCGCAUCGUCCCGUUCCGUUUGCCUGUUCAAGUUCAUCCGGCUGGCCGGAGAGUUGCUGCCACCGAUCCUGUUCAUUCCGUAUCUGAAGAUGCUCGCCGGCCUGUCCAGCUCGCCGCAAUCCGCUCGGAAUGCGUUCAAUCUGCUGAAGCAGGGAAGCGGAGGUGGCAUUGGGGGUGCUGCGGCGACCAUCUCGUGGGACCACUUCUUCAACUCGCUGUUCCGGUACUACCAGAAUCUGCGCCAGGAGCAGAACCCCGGUUCCGAGACGGUUUACCGCAGUCGCGCCCUUAGUAGGAACAUCAACCCGCAGGAGAUUGCAGGUUUGCAAGCGGUCCUCCUAGUGAUCCGUGCCGUGGCCACCUACGACGAUGUGGCACGUGUUGCGCUCUGCGAACACCCGAACUGGGCGCCACUCCACGUCCUGCUCGGCCUCAUCAGCUGCUCCGUCCCGAUCGCCCUGAAAGCCGAACUCGUCCAAACCCUGGCCGCCCUCGGCAAAUCCAAAGAAACCGCCCUCCAACUGUGGAACAACCUGGAGGCGUCCCAGGUCAUCGCGACCAUCCCCACCACAAGCACCUUCGUCAACCGCGGCAUCGAGUCCGAGCUGGAAGAGAUCGAAAGUCGCAACGAAACCUACCCACUCACCCUCGGAAUGCUGGACCUGCUCUACACCCUGUGCGAAACGGCCAUCCCGAAGGGCAUCGGCGCCGGUCCCCGCAAACCCGGCCUCGACCCGUACGUCACCUUCAUCAUCGACGCCGUCUUCCUGCGCUUCUACAACCGCAACUACAAAAAUCCCGCCGAGAAGUGGCAAAUCGCAGAAAAGUGUCUCCAGCUCCUGCACGCCUUCGUCCGGAACUACACCCCCUCCCCACAAGACUUCCCCUCCCCGACCGCCGUUCGCGAGGAAAACUCCCCGCCCGGCUUCCACAUCCUGCUCCAGGUCAACACCAAGUCCGACUUCCUCCGUCUCCUCCUGCACAUCAUCGACGAAUCCUGCACCCUGUUCGACAGCUACACGCCCUUCCCCGGCCGGAAGCACCUGGAAGCGACCUCCCUGUACGCCCUCCAAAUCCUCGAACGCGCCCUUGAAACCCAGGAGGACUUCUUCAACGCGCACUUCACCUCCAACUGCUCGAUCCUGCUGGCCGGCGCCAACAAGCUGCUGCUCGGGUUGAACCCCCGCUCCGGCAAGGCCGACCACAUGCUCAACUUGACGCGCUUCGUCACGUACAGCUCGUGGCUGCCGGAGAACGCACUCGUCGCGAUCCGGAUCCUCGCCGCGAUCAUGCGCCAGCCCAACGUGAACCAGCAGAUCUUGGGACUGUUUACGCAGAACGAGCGCAUCACGAACGAGAUCCGGCAGGGGUUCGUGGAGUGCUUGGAGAGCGAGCGGGUCAGCGAGUUCCAGCAGCAGGAGGACGAGCUGGACGAGUUUUCGGGGGGUGGCGGCGGGUCGAGCGUUGAGUUGUUGAUCAAGGAGGCGAUCGUGGCGUUGCUGGCGGAUUGCUUGCCGCAGCAGGCGACGCCGAACUUGGCGCACUACCUGCUUGGGUUCGAGCUGAACAAAGAAUUGCGAUUGACGAACCUGCAGCAACCCGGCGUCCUCAACUUCCCCAGCAACUGCGCCAAAUCGCUGAUCACGCUGCUGGACGGCGCGCUCGAGCAGUCCAAAUCCGGCAAGUCGCUCGCCCCCGCCCACGAACGCCUCGUCGAGUACGCGUACGCCCUGCUCUACACCCUGUGCUACAACAGUCGCACGUCCGAGGUCAUCCUGCGCUUCCUGCGCAGCUGCAACGACUUUCUGUGCCGUCACAUCCAGGGUCUGCCGUUCGCGAACGUCGCAAGCCCGCACGUGCUGAACCAGAUGACGGGCCUGCUGAAGUGCGUCGCGAUCGAGCUGAAGCUAACGUCCGAUAAGAGUCAGGUGUCGCAGUUUGGGAACCUGUGCAAGAUCCUGCUGGGUGUGGUGCAGCGCGAUCGAGACAAUCAGCAGCAACACCAGCAGACGAUCGACGAGAUGUCCCAGCACCACCAGUACAGUACGACCUUCAACGGGAGCAUGCUGUCGGCUUCAAUGGUGGGGGGAGACGCGCCCAAGUCGGCGUCGUCGGCGGCGGAGUCGGCGAAGCUACUGCUCUGUCAGCUGCUGGACUGUUUGAACUUUGAGAUCAAGUCGCUGGAGAAGCCCAAGUGGGACUACUUUGACAAUGCGGUGCUGGCGGGGCUGUUCCAGAGCUGUGAGAUGGCGGUGGCGGGGGGUUUGAAGUUGGUGGAUAUUAAGCGGAUGCACGACGUGCUGAAGGACGAGUUGAACUCGGUGCAGACGACGAUCGCGGCGGGCCAGAGGGCGCACAUACUGGCGGAGAUUGAGAGUAUCUUGGUGUACGCGCUGCAUGUCAACAGUCAGCGGAAUUUGUGCGCGUCGACGGUGCGGUUCUUGGAGGCGUGGGGCCAGGUGACGGAGGUGUUGUUUAGUGUGACGCCGGCGAUGUUUGUGUCGUUGGAUGUGAAGAAGGGGUUGUUGGUGGAGAUUGUGCAGGCGGUGCUGGGGAAGGUCGUGCCGAACCAGACGAUGCCGGAGUUGGCGAACUUGGCGUCGUCGUCGGUGCUGCUGUUGAUGGUGAAUUUGAGGCAUUGCUACUCGCUGAAGAAUAGUGGGCAGGAGGGGGUGCAGAGCGCAUCUCUCGUGGCUGGGAGCUUCAGUGGACAGGUUGGGGGUAUGUUUUCGCCGAAGACGAACACGCUGAGCUUGAGGUACAUUUUGCAAAACAUAUUGGAGUGGAUAUUGAUUAGUGGGGUGGGGUCGCAGAAGUUGCGGAUCAAUUUGUACGCGGCGCUGCUGAACUACAUGCACAUCGUGAAGGGGAAUCGGGACCAGAGUGAGAAGGAGCAGGCGGAUGGUGGUGGGGUCUCGCCGAGGGAUGAGUUCUACGUGUCGCGGCUGGACAAGAGUUUGGGCAAGGCGCUCGACGGGACGACGCACGGAACUUCGGACGAGUCGCACGCCCAGAUCGAGAUGGUCAUCGAAAUCUUCCAGUCGUUUGGGGACAAACUGAUUGACAUUCUGUGCCACGACUGCACCGGAGGACACGACAUCUGCAAGAUGCUGGCGCUGUCCUGUAUCGACAUGCUGCUGGACAUGGACUCGCUGGCCAGCGUGAUUCAGUUCAUCUCGAAGCGCGGCUAUUUGGCGCACCUCAUCGACAGCCUGCUCAAGAGCGAUGGGCGAUUGUGUCGGAUUCUGGACAAACAGCCGGAGAACAUGAAGGCGCUGUACGUGUACGAGUCUAAACUGGCCAUGUUGAGUCGCAUCGGAGGGUCGCACAUCGGCGCUGAACUACUCCUCGAAGAGAAGGCCCUCAGCGUGCUGGCCGGCAUGAAGGUCUUCGACCUCCAUCCAGACUUCCAAGUGGUCACCUACUCAUCCCACAGUCAACCCUCGUCAUCCUUCAUCCCGCCGAUCGACGCUCGCUACCGCCAGAUCCUCUUCCCGGCCCUCAACCUCUGCGACGUCAUCCUGUCAACCCUAGGACAAGAAAACCACUCCGCCGUCACCCAAAUCAUCCACUUCCUCCUCUCCCACGGCGACACCAUCGAGAUCGUCCUCCGCGCCGGCACCCCCUUCCUCGACCUCGGCCUCCUCCAAGAACUCGCCGGCAUCACCAGUCUGAUCGCCCGCGCCGCCAACCAGGAAAUCUACAACCUCAUCACCCCGAACGCCAACCAGGACCUCCGCGCCCACCUCCAUCGACUCCAGAAGCUCAUGCUGACGCUCCUCCCCCGAUUCACCCUCUCCGAGCAAACCCUCAAAGAGCUCAACCAAACCAUCCUCACCCACUCCAGCGAGCGCGAGCGGUCCGCCCACCUGCGCUACAUCCUGCAGAUCGCCGCCAACCUGGCCCUGUACGCGCGCAACAGCAUCUCGAACCACGCCGUCGAUCACCGCACCAUCAGCGUGCUCUUUUCGCCGCAGAUCGGCGAGAGCCAUCAGGGUCAGGGCGAGACCGCCAGUCACAGCUUGAACAUUGUCGUCGUCCAGCUGAAGCAUUCCGUUGAGUACUACAACCGCGAGCGGUUGUCGCUGGAGAGUAUGUUGAGACAGCGGAACUCGCUGCCCAGCUUGAGCUUGGACACGAAUGUCCAAAUCCAGCACAACAACCUGACGGAGCGACUGUCCAGCAAGCAGGAGGAACUGAAACGUUGCGUCUUCAUCACGGAACACUGCCUCUACCUGUUGUGGGCCCAUCUGGACUUUUUCAUGCUGCGCGCCAUCCCCGUCAGCACGCUGCACUUUAACAACGUGUCGUACGGCGCUGAUAACUACCUCUCGGCCCAGACGGAAGUCGGCUGGAAGAUCACCGCCGAGGACGUGGCCACGCUGAAAAAGUCCCUCAUCGCGGUGUUUAACGAGACGUUCUGCAAGCAGCUGCUGGCGACGGCGCAGGACCAUGCGCGCGCCUCCGACAAGGGAUUCAUCGAGGCGUUGCUGCGGCGGAUCAAGCGGCUGAUUCAGUUUGUGCCCGUGAAGUAGAGGUGAAGCCGUGACGAGUGACGAGUUGAGAAAUAAAUUGUGUCCUAUUUGAGUAAAAUGGUAUAAAACAAAUUAUUAAAAUAUACUUUUUUUAGUAGCAAAGAUCGCACCUUAAUCUUUGUUUCACCACUCUUCUUAUUAUUACUUUCUUAGCCGCUAACGACGAUUGCCAGCAGUGACUCACUGUUAAGUUAAGUACAUACAAUAAAAAACACGAUUAUUAUGUUUCUUAAUGUAA